UCCGGACCACCUUCUUGCAUCCAUUCAGUGAUUUUUUUUUUUUCUUUUCUUUCUUUCUCGCACGCUUCCUUCGUUGUCGCGCUCUUGCUUGCUAGGAAUUGCAAGUCGUUGUCCUUCCUUUGUCGCUAGGACUCGUAAGGCGCUCCUGCUUGGUGAACCUUCUAACUCUGGUGUCCCUGCAAAUUGCAUCGGUUGUUCACUUUGUGGAAUUUUUAUUUUUGCCUUGGUGGCGAGAUUUUAGGGUUUUUACUCGCUGUGAAGACUGUUGAGGUCAACCGCGAUGGUGGAUUGAUGACCUCGUUCUGGAUUGCCUAAUUGAUGUGAUUGAGUGACAUUGGCGCAGACUUUUUAGUGAUCAGUGGAUGAUGGCGAGUAGAUUAGGCGGUUGUUGUCGUAAGUUAUCUGGAAUGGUCUGUUUAGAACAAAUUGCGGGACCUGUGUAAUAAUGUCAUGGAGAUUUUCACAAGUUCCUUCUGUUUUGCGUUUUUCUCGCAUGAUAUUGCCUUAUCGCCAGAUUGAAGGUGUGACAGUUAUUUUGUUGCAUCUAGGGAGAUGUCAUUGAUUUUAUCCGUGGCAAGCUCAUCUUGUUGUAUUCUUAAUUUAAAUGACUCCAUUCAACGAGUUUUACUUACUCCUCUGGAAGGCUACGGUUGGGAUUUUGCAAUUCGCUGAGAAUUCAUGUAUUUUUACAGCACACCUGAGCAAUCGAUUCGGUCCUCGGAAGUUCUGGAGCUUUGUGUUACAUGCAUGCAGUUCUCCAACGAUUCUUAGGUGGAGGAAGGAGUGAUGGUUAAUGUAACACCAGCAUUAAAUGCAGAUGUGGUUUCUACCAAUAGAAAGAGUGUUGUUUAUGGUCCUACCUAUUUGCGGAAUGGGUGCUUUUCUUGGAAAUUCGGUAUUUCUGGAAUGUUUCUGUUACUUGUGAGCAUUGUUGCAAGAAAUACAGUCGUAGCUGCAAUAUCGUGCUUUAUUUAUUUGUUUAUUUGGGUUCGGUGGAGAGGGGAUUCAUGUUUUAGUUUGUGAAGUUUCGCUCGACUUUUUAUGCAUUGAACUGGUUUUUGGCGCGAGGCCGUGUAAUGCAUUAUAUUUGUUGGUUCACGUAUCCUGUGGAUACUUAGAUUUUCAGAUGGGCUUCACUUUCUGGUCGUAAGAAAGGCAGAUCGAUCUCACUGCUUCCCUCAUAUGAUUGGAAGCGAGACCAAGGAAGGACGAAGCAAUCAUUUGAUUGUGUUUUGCUUGUGAUUGUUGAUUUUCGUUUCUCAGGGUCGAUCUGAUCUUUGUGUUUGGAGAAAAACCUUAAACAUCAAACUCAUCUAUUCAGGGCUGGAAGGUUGAGUGUUGUCAAGAAUCCACCGACACGGAAUCCAUUUCGCGAGUUAUCCUGAGCAAGGUUUGUGCUUGAACAUCGACUGAAUAAUAUAUAGCAUGAGGAUCUGAGGAUAGGAGGAGUUUAUCAACAUGGAUGGAGCAAAGUUUACUAUAGAUCUGAGUAGCAGUGGCGCAGCGAAACUCAGGGAAUGUGUGAAGGAGAAGCUGUCUGAAUACAUUGGAAACGAUACGGAUGAUGUGCUUGUGGAGUAUGUGGUUGUGCUCGUGGGACAUGGAAAGGAGAAGUCGCACGCUGUUAAAGAUCUUGAAGCUUUUCUAGGCGGAGGCAGCGAGUCAUUUGUGUCUUGGCUUUGGGAUCACAUGUCUGUUAACAAGGAGUCGUACUGCAAGAUUGAGGAUAGCAGGCCUCCUAAUUCCGAGUUGGCAGACGAGGAUACCCAGCAGGGCGAACCUAGUCUACGAUCAGUUGUGACUGUAGUUGAGCAUGAUGAGAAGACGACUACACGGAUGGAAGUUGAGGAACUGUCUGAAGGACUUGAGUUUACUCGAUCGGUGCAACUAGAUGACGUGAAUACAGUUGCUGAAGCUGGCAACUCUUUGGGGAGGAGAAGUCGCCGGCGGGAUGGAUCACGUCGCAACGAGGCCAAGCGACCACGGUCACCUGAAAUAUGGAUUCGCCGAGGUGGAGGACGGGUUGACAGGCCUGACGUGAAAGAGAUGUCUCCUCCAGUUGUGAAGGCUUCUCGUCGCCUUUUGAUCAAUGCAGUGAGGGAGGUUUUUAACGAAAGUGCACUCCUUGCCACCAAGAGGGAUGCUUCUAAGAAGACCGAAUCAGCCAAGCGGCUCCAAUCUGUGGUGUCGUCAGAUGCUGACUUGCAGGGUAAUGGAGGAACUGAAGUUGACAUGAUUCAUGAAAUCCCUGCUGUUGAGCUGGAACCGUUCGCUGUGGAGGAUCGUCAUUUUAACAGAACCUCUCAGUUACAACAGAGGCAAAUGCAGGACAAACCUGUUUCUGUGUGGGAUCGAAUUAAGUUGAAUGAUCGAAGUGCCCAGAACAAUACGAACAUGUUUGGAGCCGAAGGCCAGUUUGCAAGUGUCCAUUUUGAAAAUAGGGGAAAAUGGAAGAAGAACGGAGCUGCUGGACUUAGAGCAGGAUCUGGUAAAGGAAGAGGUGGCAGGGAGCAGAGAUAUAGAGGAGCACCGUACUCUGGUAGGACAGUGGAUGUAUAUGGACAUAUACUGGAAGAUGCAUUGCCAAGUGUUAAUGCGGAACAUAUGCAGAAUCAGGACAGUCUACAUAGAAGGAAUAGUUUCAAUUCUCACAAGCCGGGAGGUCAACGUUCAGAAAACGGAUUCUCAUCAUCAGUUGGAAAGGUUGUGGGAGAUGAACAAGUGACCAUCGCUAAUGAGGAUGUUUUGGAGAUGAAAAAGAGACUGAGGCAAGUACAGCUCGAUAUGACCAAACUGCGAGCUCGCCAGGCAGAAGUUUCCAAAGAGGUGCAGAACUCACCCGCUGCUGGUGUCAGGUCGAUACCAUUUGAACCGCAACCAAGUCAAGAAGACAUCAAUGAUCGGUCUGUGUUUGUCACCAAUGUGCAUUUUGCUGCAACACAAGCAGCUUUACGAGUUCAUUUUGGUGGGUGUGGAUACGUUAAUCGGGUGACUUUGUUGGUAGAACCGGCCACUGGCAAGCCUAAGGGAUCUGCUUUUGUGGAAUUUACUACAAAGGAUGCAGUAGAGAAUGCUUUAGCUUUGAAUGAGUCAUCACUGCUCUCUCGUAACCUCAAGGUUAUGCGCAAGGAUUCUGCUAUUGCAGAGAUGAACCCUGAUCCAUCCCUUUCCAGUUCAUUUAUUCCACCACCAUUUUCAAGAGGGCAUCCAAGAGAGCAUAUGCCUCCGCAUAAAAUUUAUCUUGCAAGGCGACCAAUUGGUCCCCCCAUGCCUUAUAUGGGAACUUCAAAUUUAAAAUGGAAGCGUAAUGCAUUAGUAGGAGCAACAACUGGAACUCCGAGCGGUGUUUCUACUUCCACAGAUGUGGAAAUGAUAACCACAGGUCCUGUGCGAUCAUCGCGAUCUUUGUCUUAUGUUCGAGUGGCCCCUUAUGCAAUUCACGGUACUGCUGAUGAUUCUCAGAAGAAGUAAAUGUGGUGACCCUUUUCCUUGCAAGUGUCCCACACAGGCCAGUAGAAUCCUUGAAUUUUAGAUUAAUUCAUAUUAAGGUUCUAGUUAAUCUUGAAAAAAGAGUGCUGCUGUACUGCCUUGACUGAGUAGACGAGUGCGUAGCCGUAUACUUUUAGAUUUAAGUAGAAAAUUUUCUAACCUUCAUCUUUACUUGAGGUUAGCACCCCGCUUUUAGGUCUGUGCUACAUGCAAUUCUGAGCGUUUGUCUUGUAGAUGGAGCUUGUAUUUUGAGAUCAUUAGUCAAUGCAGAAUCCAGGUUCUUCAACAAUUGAAGAACGGGAGAUAAAAUCACCUAGUCAACAAGUCUGCUACCUGCUUGCAGCUGUAACCUUCACGUUUCUCUUAUGGAGCUGCCUAAAUGUCUUUAUUUUUUUA